AUGCGUAAAUCUCCCUCCGUGCUCCACCCUCUCCCCAACAGGCAGAGCCGGAAACGAGACGUGCCGGGGGAACGGCGUACUCUGCAGAUCCGCGUGAGGAUCCGACCGUCCCACCCUCAGAUUCGCAAGGCCCACGUGCCGCAGUUCCAGGAGCUCGGGGCUCUUCAGCGCACCCAGGACGAUCUCCAGUCCGCCGUCGAACAGCCGCACCCCGGAAAGCGUGAUGCUCUGCAGCGUUGCGCCGUGGCGCAGCAGGAACGAGCUCACCUUGGCCCCGCUGCCCAGCUGCCCGCUGCCGAAGUAGCCGCUGCCCAGCUCGAGCGUGCGCAGCGUCUGCGAGUGGAAUGGCGCGAUGCCGCUGGGGAGCUCCAUGCGGUCUUGGUGCAGGUCCAUGUCGCUGUGCGCUUCGGACCCCUCUGCCUGCUGGUCGGGCGUGAGGUGGUGCAGCACGUUCCCGACGUAUCGAAAGUCCAGGACCAGCGUCUCGAGCUUGCUGGUGGCGCGGACCAGGCUGUCGAUGUACGCUUCCUGUCCCCACUCGAAGGUCAUGUACCGGCCGCCGGAGAGCUUGAGCUCGCGGAGAUUCGACCACAUGGCGCGGAACUCGGGGUCGUGGACGUGCGCUGGGGACAGGCGGUGCAUGACGAUGAUGUCGAAGGCCAGCGCGAACUUGGUGAUUGGGCGGUUCAGCUGCGGCAGGAUGGUCAUGAGGACGAAGUAUGCGUCUGUGAGGAUGAGCUCGUCGUCGAAGACCUCGCCCUCGCGCAGGAAUGUUGUCCUGCGGAGGGCCUGGCGGGACUCCGACUCCGAUUCCGAGUCCGAUUCCGCCUCCGCGGUCGUAUCCGGGUUUGCGUUUGGGUUGGGGGCGCGUUCGUUGCUGGCCUCGCAGACGCGGAUGGAGGUCAUGUUCUCGAACCGCUGGAGGACUGUCUUCCAGUUGCUGAUGGGCUUCUGCGGGUGCACGAGGCGGCCCUUGAGGUAUGGGGAGGAGGAACUUUCGAGGCGCCGCCAGCCGAGACCCGUGCCGAGGCGGGUGGAGUUUUUGAUUCUGUCGCCGGUGAUGGUGAGCUGCUUGACUUGGGCGGCGAGGUGGGGGUCCCGGGAUAUGGCGUCGAGCUUCUCGAGGGAGGCGCGCGAGAGGUCGGUUGUCCGGUUGGAGAAGUUUUGGAGGUCCGCCAGUGGGAGGUGGCCUGCGAUGUUGUCCAGGAGCUCUGCGGGGAGGUCGCAAAGGGGGUUGGAGAGGUGAGUGUUGGUAAGAUUGGCCAUGUUGUUGGGUUGGUGCAACAUGAAGAUGUUUUGUUUGAGAUGGAGGAUGAUGAGGUUUGUCAGUUCGAUGAGAGAUCGAGAUCACCAUGCUCGGAAAAGCCUGGUCUUAGUGGCUUCUCUUCCCUUCUUCGUCUUCGGCCCAAGCGGCUUCCCGAGGCCGUGUACACCAGAUAA